AUGAAAGGGGGUGCUGAAUUCCGCCGUCUCCGCAUCGCCGGUCCCCCGGUUUUCGAAUGGACCGCCACUCCCUCUCUCCCCGACUUCCUUGUGGCGUGCGGAGAGAGCGCCGCGAAACGAGAGAGCGGCGAAAACGGCGAGACAGGCAGAGAAAUCGGAAAUAGUGGGGGAAACGGAGAGAUAGGUUAGAGAAAAGAGAGAAAUCACGGGGAAUCGAGAGAGUGGCGAGAGAACAGAGGAAUGGGGCGAGAGUUUCGGGGCGGCUAAGGUGUUCGUCGCCGCCGCAGACGGCCGAAUGAAGGUCAGGUUACGUAACACACUGCGGAGCGGCGGCCCGGUGUUUUCGCGACGACUCCCAAACACUCACAGAUUGGGUUCGGAGGCAUGA